ACACUGAUUUGUCAAAAAAUAUUUUUCUCCAACCACAUCAGUUCAGUAGCGAAAAUCGUGGUGGAAUUAGAUUUUCUCAAUUGAAAUUGUUUAGAGUUAUCAAUCGUGUGAAGGGCAGCUUAAUUGAGCCAAGCGAUGGCCGAGUUGUUAAUUGAUCCCAACAUUCGAGGUUGGGUGUUUCUACCGAUCGUAGUUAUCACAUUCCUGGUAGGCAUUAUACGGCACUAUUUUUCGAUAUUGAUUUCUUCACAGAAGAAGGUGGAAUUGACCCAGAUCCAGGACAGCCAAGCAAUGAUCCGCGCCCGUCUGCUGCGGGAGAAUGGCAAAUAUCUGACCCCGCAAUCGUUCGUCAUGCGAAGGCAUUACUUUAACAAUGAGGAAUCUGGGUACUUCAAGACGCAAAAACGAGCCCCUCCGAGCCCGAAUUCCACCGCUAUGCUGUCGGAUCUGGUCAAGGGCAACUUUAUCAACGUUCUGCCGAUGAUUGUGAUCGGUGGCUGGAUUAAUUGGAUGUUUUCCGGAUUUGUCACGACGAAGGUACCAUUCCCACUGACGCUGCGCUUCAAACCAAUGUUGCAACGGGGGAUCGAGCUGGCCUCACUUGAUGCCGCUUGGGUUUCAUCCGCUUCAUGGUAUUUUCUGAAUGUGUUUGGUCUGAGGAGUAUUUACACUUUGGUCCUGGGAGAGAAUAAUGCCGCGGAUCAGACCCAAUCGAUGCAGGACCAGAUGUCGGGCGCUGCAGUGGCCAUGCCACAGGAUCCCAAAGCAGCAUUCAAAGCGGAGUGGGAGGCGCUAGAAAUUACAGAGUACCAGAAUGCGUUGGCCAAUGUCGAAGCAGAACUGCUGGCUGCCUCGUCCGCGUCCGCUGUUGAGGGCUCUAAUGCUGUCAACCAGCAUCACAGUCGGGAGGAUGGUGCUCUUAGGAAUUAACCUUUGGCUUAGCAAUAGGCAGUAAGGGGUAGUAGACUAAUGCAAAUUGUUGUUUCACUUUAGGAGAAAAGAAUAGUGAUUAGUCUGAGCAUAUCGCUGUUUGAAUUUCACAAGCAUUUUCCCUUUCCGUUCAUAAAUGUUGCUAAUAUCGUAUUUAUUUCACACAUUACGUUUAUAUCAAAGCAUUUCACGGCGAGAGAUUUUAAGAGCGAGAUCGCGACGAGAACACGAGUUUAGAUAGUCCAAUAGAUGACUAAAGAUACAUACAAUAGCUCAAUAAAUACUAAAUAAAUUCCAAAACAGUAUAAA